GCUAUAGAUGACGUCUGUCCUUCAGAUACCCCGCCAUUAUUAGCCUAAGGCAGUUGCGUCGAGUCGUCGAUUGAACAUAAUGACUUCCAAACUGGUGAUUGUCAUCGCUCUGGCCGUAGUGGCUCAGAUAUCGGCGACACCCUUGUUUUUUAACGUGAUCCAAGAUGCCGUCGAGCACAUGAAAGACGAAGCCCAAGAAAUUGCCAACAGCAUCAACCAGGGCAUGCAAAAUGCAAAAGACCAAGCCCAAGAGAUUGCCAACAACAUCAACCAGGGCAUACAAGAUGCAAUUAAUCAGGUCAGCAACAGCAGCAGCGAAGCCGCAGCCAACGCCACCGCUUCUGCUGACGACAGCAGCUCUGCAGUGAGUAGCCACUUCUCGUGUCUGCCUCUUAGCACAUAAGAAAAUAUUCCACAC